CAUACACAUGAGUAAAUUACCGUGAAGAGAAGAUGCUAUUUGGAAACAGGGAGGACCGGACGAGGCAACAGAAAUUAAGCAGCAUGAAAAUUUAUCCUGGAAAAUAAAUAGUACCAUUCACAUUCACUCGUCCAAAAGGGAGAGAGAAUGUGUCUUUGUUAUAUAAGAGAGGAUGAUGGUACUGAAGAACGCACUCCUCACUCCUUAGUCCUUACUUCUCAUACUUUCCUCCCUCCACCAUGCUUUCAGAGGCAGCAUAAAGAAAAUAAUAAAUUACCAGAGGAAAAAAAAAAGAAAAAACAGAGCGAGAGAGAGGUAGCAUACAUACAUAGCAUUCAUUGGUCCUUUACUCCUUCCAUCUCACACCGUCCACACAUGGCCAUAGAAGUGAAAAGGAAGACUUCAAUAUGGCUGCUCUCGUGGUGCCUUAUUAUGGCCUACAACGUGAGUUUAGCAGAGAGAGUUUUGAAAGACCAAACACCUCAGAGUUUUGUUCCCAAACAAACACAAGGAGUUUUCAUCAGUAUAAUUGAUUUCUUCUGGAAGGAUGGAGAGUCUUCCAAUGACCGUGUUUGGCCCGAAUUGAAGUUUGGUUGGAGAAUCGUAGUAGGGUCAAUCGUUGGAUUUUUUGGAGCUGCGUUGGGUAGCGUAGGCGGGGUUGGAGGUGGCGGAAUUUUUAUCCCUAUGCUCACUUUGAUCAUUGGUUUUGACGCUAAGACUUCCACAGCCAUUUCUAAGUGUAUGAUUAUGGGAGCAGCGGUAUCGACUGUAUACUACAACCUGAGGUUUAGACAUCCAACAUUAGACUUGCCAGUUAUAGAUUAUGAUCUGGCUUUGCUCUUCCAGCCUAUGCUAAUGCUAGGAAUAAGCAUUGGUGUUGCAUUUAAUGUCAUGUUUGCUGAUUGGAUGGUGACAGUUUUGCUUAUCAUCUUAUUCAUUGGUACAUCCACAAAAGCUUUAUUCAAAGGCAUAGAUACAUGGAAAAAGGAAACAAUUAUGAAAAAGGAAGCAGCUAAGAUGUUGGAAUCAGAUUCUACUCCCGGUUAUGCUUCUGAAGAUGACUACAAGUCACUACCAGCUGGUUCAGCUGAUCCACGAGAUGAGGAGGUCCCUUUAAUGAAGAACAUCUACUGGAAAGAAUUAUUAGUCCUUGUGUAUGUCUGGGUUGCUUUUCUCAUUGUUCAGAUUAUUAAGACUUACAGCAAAACUUGCUCCAUACUGUAUUGGGUUCUUAAUUCCUUGCAGGUGCCUAUUGCAAUCUCAGUUACGCUUUAUGAAGCCAUUUGCUUGUGCAAUGGAACUAGAGUAAUUGCAUCAAAGGAAAAGGAUAUUACAGAUUGGAAGAAGCUUCACAAGAUCUGUCUUUACUGUUCCUGUGGAAUAGUAGCUGGUAUAGUUAGUGGACUGCUUGGUCUAGGAGGUGGCUUCAUUUUGGGACCACUCUUUCUCGAGUUGGGAAUUCCUCCUCAGGUUGCUAGUGCUACAUCAACUUUUGCUAUGGUUUUCUCUUCCUCUAUGUCAGUGGUACAGUAUUACCUUCUAGAACGCUUCCCAGUACCCUAUGCUUCUUACUUUGUUUUGAUUGCAACCAUUGCUGCAUUAACUGGCCAGCAUGUGGUGAGAAAGAUAAUUGCUAUCUUCGGUCGAGCAUCCAUCAUCAUCUUUGUAUUAGCAUUCACCAUUUUUUUGAGCGCAAUCAGUUUAGGUGGAGUUGGAAUUGAGAACAUGGUUGAGAAGAUGGAAAAUGAUGAGUAUAUGGGGUUUGCAAAUAUCUGCAAUCAAUCUUAGAUGUGUUUUGCCUUUCUAGAGAAGUGGAAGUUUUCUAUUGAUAACAUUUUCCAGAACUUUUAAAUGCUAGUGACACACUAAUACUCAUUUGAACACUUUUUAUUUUUUACUGAAAUUUAUUGGAAAUCACAAAAUUAUAUGGGUCUUACUUUUUAUUUAAUGAGUCCCAUUUAUAGUUUUGUAAUGUCUAAUAAAUUUCCAUUAUUAAUAGAGUGUAUCAAAGAGUAUGUAGCUCUCUUCUUGUACCUUUUCAUUCAAGUAAAUAAAUUAUUUUUUUUUCCUCC